CAUAUCUCUUACCAUCACAAAGUCACCUCCAUUCUUCUUUAUUGAUCUAGCUAGCGGAAAUUGACAAUGGCAAGAAUAGGAAGCUUUCUCAUUAUUCUUUAUCUCACUUACGCUCUUUCUCUCUGCAUCUGCGAUGACGACGAGAGUAUGUACUAUGGCGGCAACAAAGGGAACCUCUUCCCAGGUUUCUACAGAAGCUCGUGUCCUAGAGCCGAGGAGAUUGUGAGGUCAGUUGUAGCCAAAGCUGUUGCAAGGGAGACUCGUAUGGCUGCUUCUCUCAUGAGGCUCCAUUUCCACGAUUGCUUCGUUCAGGGUUGUGAUGGAUCGUUGCUUCUAGACACCAGUGGGAGUAUAGUUACUGAGAAGAACUCAAACCCUAACAGCAGAUCGGCUCGCGGGUUUGAAGUUGUUGACGAGAUCAAGGCAGCAUUAGAGAAUGAAUGCCCUAACACUGUUUCUUGUGCUGACGCCUUAACUCUAGCCGCUAGAGACUCCUCUGUUCUUACUGGUGGACCAAGCUGGAUGGUUCCUUUGGGAAGAAGAGAUUCGAGAAGUGCAAGCUUGAGCGGAUCAAACAACAACAUUCCUGCACCCAACAACACUUUCAACACAAUUGUCUCGAGAUUUAACAAUCAAGGUCUCGAUCUCACCGACGUCGUUGCUCUCUCCGGGAGCCACACCAUUGGAUUUUCAAGAUGCACUAGUUUCAGACAGAGACUUUACAACCAAUCCGGAAACGGAAGUCCCGACACAACCUUAGAGCAAUCCUAUGCUGCUAACUUGCGCCAAAGGUGCCCUAGAUCGGGUGGGGAUCAGAACCUGUCGGAGCUUGACAUCAACAGCGCUGGAAGAUUUGAUAACAGCUACUUCAAGAACUUGAUCGAGAAGAUGGGACUGUUGAAUUCCGACGAGGUCUUGUUCUCUAGCAAUGAGCAAUCGAGAGAGCUGGUGAAGAAGUAUGCAGAGGAUCAAGAAGAGUUCUUCGAGCAGUUCGCGGAGUCGAUGAUCAAGAUGGGGAAUAUCUCUCCCUUGACAGGUUCGAGUGGUGAGAUCAGAAAGAAUUGCAGGAAAAUUAAUAACUCUUGAUUCCCUAGUAUUGGAUGGGCCAAAUAGAAAUGUGACAUGUUUUUGAGGAAGGAAUUUAUGUUUGUGUGUUUUUAUUUUGUAUGAGUCUUUAUUUCCUUGUGUCAAGAAUUUGAAAUUUGGAAGUUUAAAUGAUUGAAACUCUCUAUAAUUAAAAUAUUACUAGAUUU